AUGCUACUAUUGCUGCUAAUUAGUACCCUCGCCGUCGGCAUCGCUAGCUCGGAAGGCGACAAUCGCGCGACGCGUUCCCGGCGGACCUACCACCCGACCUUUUCUCGUAGCCUGCUUUCGCCGACGAAUCGCAACGACGGGAUCCGCAGCGCAGGCCGACCAACCAUACGGCGGCUGUCGCCAGAUGAAUCGCAAGAUGACACGGCGUUCGACGACGCGGCGGAUGCGAUCAAGGAGAGCGGAAGCGCGCGAAUGGCGGUGCGGGUAGGAAAGGGCGGCGCGGCGGGUGAGGAUGGGACGGCGAACGGGAAGCGGCAGGAGAUGGUAUGGCUGCGACGAGGCAUGGCCGCUGCGAGGGGCGAGGCGCGAGUGGAUGCGCGCAAGAAGAAGUGCGGGCGGCGUUGCGGCGUGAUGAAUCGCCCCAUCGCCAUCUACCUGCUGUGGUACGGCGUGUUCUCCGACGCGCAGAAGGCGCUCGUGCGCAAUCUGAUCGCGUCGCUCAACCCGUCCGCCGAUGCUGCUCUCACUGUCCCGCUCUGGUGGAACAUCAACCGGCUGUACUACGAUCGCGACAUGAAUUUCAUUUCAGGGAAUGUGACUGUAAGGGGCGAGGUGGAGGACACGGGGUAUUCCCAAGGGACCAUGCUGCUGGACUCCACUGUGGAUACGAUCGUCCGUAACGCGGUUACCAGCAACCAACUGCCGUUUGACAGGGACGGGGUGUACUUUGUGCUUUCAGACGAGACCGUCGACCAGGUAUCAGAUGGGAUGGCUUUCUGUUCGGACUACUGCGGCUGGCACUGGUACACCAACGUGCCGGGGCAGGGCCUGCUUGUGUCCGCCUGGGUUGGCAACGCCGGCACCAAGUGCCGAUCCAGCUGCAUAGCCUCGCAGCUCUUCAGCGGGCCGGGCCACUCUCCCAACGGCGACGUGGGCAUGGAUGGGUUGCUGUCUGUGUUUGCGCACGAGCUCGCAGAGGCCACCUCUGACCCGUUCAUGUCGGCAUGGUUCGACAAAGAUGGAGAGGAGAACGCUGACAAGUGUGCCUGGGAGUUUGGGGACAUGCUGUUUGACUCGCUAGAUGGUCCCUUCUACAACCUUGUGGGCCUCAACAACCAGAAGUUCCUCAUCCAGCAAAACUGGAACCUCAUGAAAGGAACAUGCACCUCUACAGUAUCAUACUCAAACCUCGCUUCCUCCACCGCUCCUUCGCCUCCUCAGCAAGCUAGAGGAGGGGGCAUGGGUGGGUUAAUAGGAAAAAUAAUUGGUGGUAGAAGUUGA